GAGAGGCGGGGGGCCCCGCUGCGAAGCCGUCUCCCGGCGGCACCUGCACCCGCGCCGCCGGGAGAGCGGCCGCCUCCGUGCCCCCGGCGGCAGGCGGCGCUCCGCUCCCAGCGCUCGGCGUUUUGGCGGGCGGCGGAGCGGAGCCGGGCGCCGAGGCGGUCCGGAGGGAGCGAGGCGAAGCUCCGUGCCGCCAGCUGCAGCGCGGCAGCGAUGGAGCCGGGAGCCCCCGGCGCCCACCCCGUCCCAGCGCCGCGGGGCGGAGGCAGCGCCUGAGAGUGACUCUCCAAUCAAACACCAGAUGCACUUGUGUGAGUAAACAUGACUUCCCUAUGAACUCAACAAAUGUAUCAAAAAAUGGCAUUGCUCACUGGGAAUGCGGAUCCUGAGUUCAGCUCCUACUCCUUCAAUAACUUGGAAAACCUGUGUGAAGUGCAAACAAAGAAAGGAUUCUUCUAUAAAAAGGCCAAACUUGUGCACCCUGGAGAAGACUUGUGCUGCUUAGCCCGUCUGGAAGACCGGACCAGGUUUGUGAUCAUCAACGUAGGUGGUAUUAAAUACAAAAUUCCAUGGACCACCUUGGAGAACUGCCCCUUGACCAGGCUUGGGAAGCUAAAAUCUUGCAACAGUUAUGAUGAGAUCAUGAACAUCUGCGAUGAUUAUGAUGUUAGCUGCAAUGAAUUUUUUUUUGACCGUAAUCCUAGUGCCUUCAGGACAAUCAUGACUUUCCUGACAGCUGGGAAGCUGAGGCUUCUCAGGGAGAUGUGUGCUCUUUCUUUUCAGGAGGAGCUUGUGUACUGGGGGAUAGAAGAGGAGCACCUGGAGUGGUGCUGUAAAAAGAGAUUGCGACAGAAAGAGGAGGAGGCAGCUGAGGCCAGGCUGUAUGAAGGGGAGAUGGUAUUUAGUGAAACUACGCAAUGUGCCUUCCAGGACAAUAGCCGAUUGAGUUUGUGCAUGAGAAAGCUCAGGGAUAUGGUGGAGAACCCCCAUUCAGGGAUCCCAGGAAAGCUCUUUGCUUGUAUUUCAAUCUCUUUUGUUGCCAUCACUGCAGUCAGCCUCUGUAUCAGCACCAUGCCAGAUGUCAGAGAAGAAGAAGAUCGGGGCGAAUGUUCACGGAAGUGCUAUGACAUCUUUGUGCUGGAGACAGUGUGCGUGGCUUGGUUUUCGUUUGAGUUCCUCCUGCGCUCCAUCCAGGCAGAGAACAAAUGUGCUUUCCUGAAAACUCCGCUCAACAUCAUCGACAUCCUGGCCAUCUUGCCUUUCUAUAUCUCUCUCAUUGUGGAUAUGGUCUCCACCAAAAACAGCAGCAAGCCUGGCGGGGGAGCUGGCAACAAGUACUUGGAGCGAGUGGGCCUGGUGCUGCGCUUCCUGCGGGCGCUGCGCAUCCUGUACGUGAUGAGGCUGGCACGGCACUCGCUGGGCCUGCAGACUCUCGGGCUCACCGUGCGCCGGUGCACCAGGGAGUUUGGGCUCCUCCUGCUCUUCCUGUGUGUGGCCAUGGCCCUCUUCUCCCCUCUGGUUUACCUGGCUGAGAGUGAACUGGGAGCCAAGCAAGAAUUCACAAGUGUCCCCACCAGUUACUGGUGGGCCGUGAUCUCCAUGACAACUGUUGGCUAUGGGGACAUGGUGCCUCGUAGCAUACCAGGACAGGUGGUAGCCCUGAGCAGUAUCUUGAGCGGUAUUUUGCUGAUGGCUUUCCCAGUCACUUCCAUCUUUCAUACCUUUUCCCGUUCCUACAGUGAACUAAAGGAGCAGCAGCAACGCGCAGCCAGCAGGCAGAUGCGCCUGCUAGAAGAGAAUACCAAACUCCCAGAUAGCAACAGCUCACAGGGACUCGGUGUCUCAUCCCCUCCAGGCGCUGCUGUGCAGGCGGUUCGGUCAGCAGUGAACCAAGAAGCCAAGAGAAGCUGUUGACUCUGAACAGCUGAAGACUUGAAACAGCAGCAGAAGAAGCAGUGAACAAGAGGGGUGUUCGGUUCUGCAAGAAGAGCCUCUUGAACUGUAUAGCUUAGGGGCAGACACGAGAAAUUGCCCUUAAUGAGCAACUUUUGAUCGUAAGGGCCCACUGAAAAGUGUCCCUAGAUACUCCACCACGUACAGCUCUGCUCCAUCGCUAUUUGUAGGGCAUUUUUUUUCUAUUGAGCAACUAUUUUUGGCAACCUGCAAGGAGCCACUGUUGAAAGCGUCCAGCCAGGGGGACAUAGCUUGAAGCGCAGCGUGGUUGAGCGUGUCACCUCAUGCCACUUGGUGCCGUGCAAGGGGUGCCCAGCUUGUGGACCCCCGGCACCAGGAAUUUGUCUCGGCAGCUCCACCGAGGAGCACAAACCUCAGACAAGUUGAGGGGCACCAUGGAAGGGAGGGGGGCAGCAGAAGGGCAGAAAUAGCCCUGGUCCUUUCUUUUUCAACAGGGGCUUGGUGUCAUCUUUUUUUUUUUAUAAAUCAGGCACCACGGUCUGGGCAGUUCUGACAUGUGUGCUAGCUCAGUAUGUAUUAUUUAGCAAAUACGCCUAUUUACCAGAGUAAGCUUUGUAUCUUAGCCCCAUGACAAAAAUAUACAUCGAUGAUCUUCCCAGCUAUGGUACUGAAUGUUAACUUGCUUUGGUUUUUUUCCUUUGUUCACAGUUGAAUAUAACAAGUAUCUUUACAAAUCACAA